AUGGGUGUUGGUUUUCAGAGUAAAAAACUACAAAACUUUUGUCACAGCGGAGCUGGCGAGAUGUGUGCACUAGAGAAUUGUAUUCCCCGUUGGGGAAGCUUUCCGUGUAACGCCCCAGGGUUAACGCCAGUUUACGAACUGUCCAGUUUCGAGAACGUUGAAUUGCCUUUGAUUUUUCAAAAGUCAAAUAUCGGUGAUUUAUUGGCUUCAACUUCUGACUCAGUGGGGCAGCUUAAUGGGUUUCAGGCUCGACAUUCGAAUACCGAGGGAAUAAAGUCCCAAGUCAGUUACACCUCAGUUGCGCUGUCAACCACGAACCGGGAAAAUUUGUUUGGAUGGGUUGAUUGUGCAGCGCUGCCACUCUGUAGUUCAUCCACGGCGGGUGCCAGUAUUCUACUUGUGACGUUACUGACCCGUGAAAGCCGUGGUAAAUCCUGUAUGUGCAUUUUAGAUGACUUGGUUUGUCAGCUGUCCAACGGCCCCUUUAAUUGGGGCUGCGGUGGAGAUUGCCAUGACCUUAUUUCAAUUUCCCUUCCGUCAGAGCCACGCAAUCACGCAGCUUGCCCGAUUAUCUUGCCCAUUGCAAAACUGUCAAGGAAAGAGAUUUGGUUAAGGGAAGCUGCGCCUAAAAUGGAUGUGGAAACAAUUAUUUACGAAGGAGACAACCAACAGCAUUUAGUGGACGACGUCGCCAACGGGACCAAUGCUGGCAGCUGCGCAGUAAUGGAAGCGGGUUGCCGACCCGAGACGGCACUUGGGCCUGAGAAUGUGAAGUAUGGAGAUAAUGAAUCUGUUACUCAGUGUGAGGUAACUGUUGACAUAACCCCAAGUACGGAACCGUCUGCGCGUUGUUUGCAUUUCUCCGAGUGCACAACACCCGUUUCGUCCAACAGGUCCUUCAUGGAGCCCAUCCCACUGAGUAAUAUGGAAUCAAAGGCGCUGCGGUGCCGCAAGUUUGAUGGUACGUCAUAUGAAGUUCUGCGCCGCCGUGCACACAGUGACGCCUUGUCGCUUAUUUUGAAAAAGUACAGCGAACACUUGGAGCGUGUGUCGCAGACAAGCGGAAGACGUGGGCUUGACGCGCAUUGUUAG